AUGGAGGAGAAGCGCAAGAUGAUGGAGGCUGAAAUGCUGAAGAGAGACCUGGAUCAUCAGCUGAUAGAAGACCUGAUGGUUGCUACAUUUUCUCAGCGCAGAAAAGAGAUAAUUGGAGAUCAGCCACUCAUCACAGAAGUCAUUUCCAGAUGGCCAGCUCUGCUCCAUGAGAGACAGAUUAGGGCAGAGUUCAAGAGAAUUGUCACCACAGACCUUGUGGAAACUUUUCUCGAUGGACUUGAUGGCCUGGUCCCAAGACUGCUGGAGUUGUACAAAGCAGCAACCAAGUCUGGAAAGAAGCAAUCACUCAAGGACAUUUUGGACUGCCUUCAGAAAGAUGACACAAAUGAGAGGAGGAGGACUGCUGCUUUGCUUGGACUGCCGCACUACAUAUCGGGCGAAGAUCCAUCAGCUGUCAUCAGGAUGUGUAAUGCUCAUGGAGAGACUCUGGAUGAAGCCAUGAAGGGGAUGCAACUUGGCCUGCUGAUAGGCUAUGAAGAUGCAGAGCGGGAUGCCUUUCCAAAGGAGGUCUUCAACAUCGCAGUUGUAGUUGAGGAGAAAAUUGUACUUCACAACAUUAAAGAUGUGGCAUGGAGCUAUGCCAUGCUUAUGGGUGUCAUCUACUGUGUCAAUCUCGAGUACCCAGAAGCCAUGAAGUAUUCUUUUGAGUUUCUUCAGAGAGUGGUGAUGAAGAUAAAACCAGACCAAGCAUCUGCCAGAGUACAUGGGCUAAGAAACAGAAUCCUGAGGUACAAAUUGUAA